AUGGCCGCUGCCACAAUAGUCGCACGGCCGCUGCCCAUCCUCCCGGACGGCUGGUCGGCCGAGAAGGACUUCAAGCCCCUCGGCUCCAUCACUGCCUCUACCCAACGCACCAUCGAGCCUGUCGGACCUCACUUCCUAGCCCACGCACGACGAGCCCGCCAUAAGCGCACCUUCUCCGAGGAUGACCGCAUCCAGGCCCAGGAGACGGCCAAGAGGAUCGAGAAUGACGACGAGAGCGAUGUCAGCGAGCCCGAAGAUCCUAUGAUGUUCCAACGGGAAGCCAAAGACUGGAAGUCCCAAGACCAUUACCAGGUCCUAGGCCUCUCGAAAUACCGGUGGCGAGCGACUGAGGAUCAGAUCAAGCGCGCCCACCGCAAGAAGGUCCUGAAGCACCAUCCCGACAAGAAGGCCGCCCAGGGGAACACCGAGGACGACAACUUCUUCAAGUGCAUCCAGAAGGCCACCGAGGUCCUCCUCGACCCGGUCAGGCGCCGCCAGUUCGAUUCUGUCGACGAAAAGGCCGACGCUACACCCCCAUCCAAGAAGGAGGCUGCCAAGGGCAACUACUACAAGCUGUGGGGGCGCGUCUUUAAGUCGGAGGCACGCUUCUCUAAGCAGCAGCCUGUCCCCAGCUUCGGCGACGAGAACUCGACUAAGGAAGAGGUCGAAGGCUUUUACAACUUUUGGUACAACUUCGACUCGUGGCGCUCCUUCGAGUAUCUCGACGAGGACGUGCCCGACGACAACGAGAAUCGCGACCAGAAGCGCCACAUGGAGCGCAAGAACACCAACGCUCGCAAGAAGAAGAAGGCCGAGGAUAACGCCCGCCUACGUAAGCUUCUCGACGACUGCUCCGCCGGCGACGAGCGCAUCAAGCGCUUCCGCCAGGCGGCCAACGCGGCCAAGAACAAGAAACGCCUUGAAAAGGAGGAGGCCGAGCGCAAGGCCAAGGAGGACGCGCGCCUCAAGAAAGAGGCCGAGGAGCAGGCGGCCCGCGAGGCCGAGGAGAAGGCCAAGGCCGACCGCGAGGCCAACAAGAAGGCCAAGGAGGCGGCCAAGAACGCAGUCAAGAAGAAUAAGCGCGUGCUACGCGGCUCUGUCAAGGACGCCAACUACUUCGCCGCCGCGGGUGCUGACGCGUCCCCAGCCCAGAUCGAUGCCGUACUCAACGACGUCGAGCUCGUCCAGGGCAAGAUCGAACCCGAAGAGGUCGCGGCCCUCGCCGGCAAGCUGACGGGGCUCAAGGUCGCCGACGAAAUCAAGGGCGUGUGGAGCGACGAGGUCAAACGCCUCAUCGCGGCUGGCAAGCUCCAGGACGGCGAUGCGAAGACGCUAGUGUGA